CGCAAACGACCGACACUACGGCUCAUCAUAGCCUCGGCCACCAUUGACUGCGAACUAAUGCGCCAAUACUUUGACCACAACCCGAAUCCAGCGGACACUAAGACGUCGACAGCAACGGUGCUGUGUCUGGACGGCCGGUGCCAUCCGGUGGACGUGUUCUACUGCGAGCGCCCGGUGGCGGACUACGUACGGGAAUCGGUGGCCACUGUUAUCAAGAUUCACGAGCGGUACGCCUCUGUCAGCGGCGAUAUAUUGGUGUUCCUCACGGGUCAGGAAGAGGUGGAGUCUGCUGUCGGCAUACUCUUGGACUACGCCCGUGGCCUCCGCGAGCGCAACGACCAGUCACUGAAGCGCCUGUUUGUACUGCCGAUGUACGCGGCCCUACCGGCCACUGACCAGAUGCGAGUGUUUGAGCGGUUUGGCCGCAACACACGCAAAGUGGUUGUGGCCACUAAUAUAGCCGAAACAUCCCUAACCAUUCCGGGCGUCGUUCAUGUGAUCGACACCGGGUUCGUCAAAAUGCGUCACUACAACUCCAGAGCCGGCACCGACUCACUGGUCAUUGUGCCCACCAGUCAGGCGGCGUCCCAACAGCGCGCCGGUCGGGCGGGCAGAGAGCGGGCCGGCAAUGCCUACCGACUGUACACUGAGGAAGCUUUUGCCGAAUUACCGCCCUUUACUGUACCAGAGAUUCAACGCUCGUGUUUGGCACUACCGGUGCUGCAGUUGAAAGCUCUGGGUGUUAGCAAUUUGGCCCGUUUUGAGUUCCUGUCGCCGCCGCCCGACUUACACGUGAUUGCCGCACUGGUAGUAAUGUGGGGCCAAUUCUGUCAGCCAUUU